AUCUCUCCAUCGAAAGCUCGGUCCGAGAUCACGUCAACAACACCAAGAGAACAUUUAUUCAACAAGCCAGUCUACCAAAUUUGUCAUCAGGGAAUAACAGCGCAAGGGACGUGUGGCUCUCUUAUCCCGUAGAACGUGCAGAAUCUAUUGUAGCACGCUUGAUUUCUCCUUCUGGACGACGCACAGCUAUCCUGAAGGAGACCAAUGCAACGCCCAAGAAGCGAUUC